UAGGCAAUCGUUUGAAAUUAUCAAUCAUUUUCGGCCAUAACCAAAGGAAAAUUUGAAAGCAUUACUGGUUUUUUCGAUUAUUGUGCCGCCCUGGUUGCAGUAAAACCGACAACAGCUGUUUUGCUUAAGUUGCGCAUUUUACGAACAAGUAUUAACAGAAAAUUAAUAAUUAUAUUGCACUCGAGCGUUGAGAUUAUUUUACGAUAAUUGACGUUGUUUAUUUGGUGUUUUGUUUUGGUGGCUUUCAUAACGCACACAAGUAAUACUCACUGCCAAUUCACCGUUGAACAAAGAAAACUGCCUUUUACUGUGUAGGAGUUGUUGCGGAACAAGAAAAACAACAACAACAACAAAGUAAAAUUGAAGCAGACGUCGCUUUAUUUGCAGCUGUUGUGCAUUUAUAGCCUAAAUUUGAAGUUAAGAUGUCGAAGGUGAUUUCGCAAGAUACAUUCGACGAGGUCGUCAAGGAGAAUGUCAUAGACUUCUCAAUGACUCCAUCGGAGGCCAAGGAAGAGACGAUUAAACAGUUUGAAGCGCAGGGCAUUAACCUCGCGAACAUUAUCAAAGACUUGGCCAUCAACAAUGAAACGGGACGACCGAUUAUCAAUGAAACGUUGGAUAAAAUCAAGACACACAUCAGCCAAAAGUCUGAGGACACUCAACAGUUGUUGGAACUGAUUACUGUGCUGGAUUUGGAGUGCCAGAAGUCACUGGCUCAUCGUGUGCUGGCUGGCAAGAAUGGUGCGCAUGAUGCACUCAUCACAUUGCUCGAGCAGACACUUCAAUUGGAAACAGAGAUUAAUACGACGCUGCUUUGCAAAUGCCUGCAGGCUGCCAACAGUUUGUCGCAGAAACAGCCAGAUUUAUUCGAUGCUGAAGCCUUGUCCAUUGUGCUGAAGUUACUGGCGUUGCAGGACCAACAGCUGGAUGUCACUUGCCUAACGCUGCAGUGGCUGCAGAAGGCAUGCGUGAUGCAUGAGAUGAAUCGUCAGAACAUUAUAAGCAGCAAUCUCUUGAAGCUAACGAAGCCUCUGCUGCGAAAGGAUAAUCCGCGUGUGGUGCGUGAGAUGACUGCAGUGCUACGAUUCCUGGUGUUGGACGAUGAUAUAAGGGUGGAGUUUGGGUGUGCUCAUGAGCAUGCGCGACAGAUUGCCAACGAGCUGCUACUGGAGUUGGUGCAACUGCUGCCCGAGUACGAGGAUGUGAAUGUGCUGUCCGAUUUGCUGCUCACUAUUGGCACGCUGGCCGUGCGACAGGAACUGUGCACGCUGAUUGACGACGCGGGCGGUCUGAAGCUUAUCUUUGACAUCAUGAAAGCAAAUCUGAAUCAGGAGCGUUUGAAUCGUGAAGCACUGAAAUUGCUGCGUGCUUUAGCCGGACAUGAUGCGGUUAAGGCGCACAUUGUCCAACAGGGAGUGGCGCCCAUCAUCAAGGAGUUGCUUGAAACGCAUCAGGCCAACGAGAACAUUGUUUCCGCCGCCUUGGCGUGCAUAACGACCCUCACGUUGCGUGUGCAGGAGCAUAGCGCUGCCUUCUUUGAGACGGGCAUUGCAGAGAUUAUUGUGGAGACGUUACGUCGCCAUCCCAAGCAAAAGAUUGUGCAGCGCAACGGCGCCUGGGCCAUACGCAAUAUGGUGUCGCGUUCGCGCAAUCAAUGCGAGUCGUGGUUGUCGUUUGGGGUUGAGGAUUUGCUGAAUGCAGCCAUGGCUGAGCAUCCAUCGGUGGCCCAGGACAUCAAGGCUGCGCUGCGUGAUCUGGGCUGCAAUGUGCAGUUGCGUGAGGAGUGGACUGGCAAGGCAGAAAAGAAAAUUGCAGCUUAGAUCGCUCACUUUAUCAUACAUAUAUUUUCUAUUUUUAUAAUCAUUGCUAACUUAUUUCCAUACGAAAAAAACAAAAAUCUACUAAUGCAACAGCACAAUGAUCAGAGCUUAUACAAAAACGA